AUGCCGUCGACCGCCACGACCUUGACGGUGCUGACCGUCAACUUUGCCUGCCGCGACGUGGCUCCGCUCUCGGGAUGCGACAACUGCGCCACGCGCUUCGGCCUGAUAGCCGACGCCAUCAGCGGCACCAAUCUGUCUGCGUACAGCGGCCUCCCUGACCUCGACUCGGUGGAUGUCGUCAUUGCGCAGGAGCUCGGAACCGCCGCGGAGAACUUUGCAGACGUGACCGCGGCGCUCUCCGCGAGAGGGUUCGUCCACAGCACGGGCGACCCCGCCCCGACGGCGGCGGACCCGCAGUGCGCCGACGCGCCAGGCCCGCUCUUUGACCUGGCGGACAAGCAGGGCUUCGUGACAGCGGAGGACAUCCGGACGUACCAGAUGUCGGAGAUUGCUGCCUUCAAAGACUCCGUCGCCGCUGCCCUCGGCGGCGACUUCAACGAGGACGCCUACGCCGCGGCCGCCGCCUCCGCCACGCCCGACUGCAGCCUCAUCACCGACCAGCUCACCGUCCAAAAGAUGGGCGCGGUUGGCCUGGACCUCCCCGCGGCGUGCGCGGCGGGGGCGAUUGGCCCAUACACCUGGGACACCUCCACAAACGACCUGGCCGCCAUCUUUUCGGACGGCGAGAGCUACGAGGCGAGCGUGGCCGCUUCUGCCGCCGUAAUAGUACUGCUCGACUACCUAGUCUACUCGAGCAGCUCGGACGGCGCGCUGACCGGGCAAGCCCCCCCGAAAGAGGUCUCGACCCUCCGCGCCGCCGACGCGUGGGCCGGCGUCUUUUGCGAGAGCGACAUCUUCGGCACGCUCGCCCCAUCUGCUCCCGGCACCGCGCACGCCCUCACCGACCACAACAUCGUCACCGCCACCUUCGCGCUCCCCGCGGCCGGCGGCGGCGGCGGCGCUGCCGCCGCGACCGCCGCCUUUGAAGCCGCCGCGGCGUGCGGCCAGGAGGGCGCCGUCUGCUUCUACGACACAAACUGCUGCGAGGCGGCCUUCUCGUGGACGGGCGUCGAGCAGCACUGCGUCUACUACGAGUGCACGCCCGACGACGACGAUUUCGCCCAGUGGCUCGUCAUCGCACUCCCCCUCCUCGGCGGGGUGCUGCUGCUGGCCUGCUGCGGCGCGGCACUCUGCUAUUGGCGGAGGAGGAGACGUGCGGCUGGCAAGCCGGCGGCGGAGGCGUCGAGGGGAGAGGCGGUCAUCGGUGAGGCUGCUUAAGACCGCGAACCGAUGUGCAUGUUCGAUGCCAAAGAAAAAAAGAAUUUAAACAAAACAAAA